AUGAGCGCCGUCCUCGUCCUCGUUGAGGGGAUCCAGCACCUCUCCAUCUUCUACGUUAGUAAGACAAUGCUCCCGUUUGAAUCAAGAUAUCUGCCGCUAGAAAAACUAGGACAUGGCGCAGGGCUAAGGGUCGUGCUGACAUCCCCGGAUGGGUUGACCAUUGAGCAUGCGAUCACACUUGAGUUCCCCGCUUCUAACAAUGAGGCGGAAUAUGAAACCCUCCUCGCCGGAUUGAAGAGCGCUUUGAGAAUAAAGGCAUUAGAGCUUGUGGUAUUCAGCGACUCCAAGCUAGUGGUCAAUCAGGUCUCCGGGGAGUAUGAGGCCAGGGAUGAAAAGAUGGCUAAGUAUCAAGCAUUGCCGAGCAUUGAGAAACCAGGGAUGCCCGAAAUACUCUGCGCCGACUUGGGACCAUCCUGGAUAGAUCCAAUCAUCACAUUCCUGAAGAAUGGAAUUCUACCCACCCAAAAGAAGGAGGCCAACAAGGCAGAUCUUUGGCUUACCGAGCAAUUUCCCAGGGUUAUUGGUGGCCAUGCAUACAGGCGGACGCGCAGAAAUAUGUUUGCAGAUGUGAAAAAUGUCAAAAAUUUGCUCACCAAAUCCACCAACCGGCUAGAGAGUUGCUCCCCCUUUACAAGUCCUUGGCCAUUUGCGCUUUGGGUGCUAGAUAUUAUAGAACUGCUUCCAACAGCUCUGGGCAACCACAAGUUUUUCAUCACUACUACCGACUACUUUACUAAGUGGGUAGAGGCCGAACCGUUGGCCACCAUUAAGGAAAAAGAUGUAAAGAAGUUCAUUUGGCAAAAUGUUAUCACUCGCUUCGGUAUCCUAAAGGCCCUCAUUUUGGAUAAUGGAACUCAGUUCGAUGGGAAACUCUUUCGCGAAUUUUGUGAGGAGUUAAAGAUUGAGUUUUACAACUCUACACUGGCCUACCCUCAGUCAAAUGGUCAAGCAGAAGCUUCAAACAAAACCAUCUUGGACGGGCUAAAGAAGCGACUGAAGAAGGCCAAAGGGAAGUGGGCUGAGGAACUCCCCAAUGUGCUUUGGUCUUACUGCACUACACCAAGGUACUUAACUGGGGAAACUCCAUUUGCUUUGGCUUACGGCAUGAAGGCAGUCAUACUAUUGGAAAUCGACAUGCCCACCAUCCGAUCUAAAAGUUUUCAGUCGAACUUGAACAAUGAUGCUGUAGCUUUGGAACUUGACCUAGCUGAAGAAAGAAGGGAACAAGCUCUAAUCCAUAUAGCAACUUACCAACAAGAGCUCUCCAGGAAAUACAACAAGACCGUGCAUCCUAGGCUAUUUAAGGUCGGAGAUUGGGUCUUGAGGAAGGCAAUGGGCAACACAGUGAUCCCUAGCGAAGGCAAAUUAGGAGCAAAUUGGGAGGGGCCAUACAAGAUAAGUGGCCUUAUAGGCAAAAGAGCAUACCACCUAGAAGACUUAGAUGGUAAAGCUAUCCCCUAA